GGAAUUUUCAAGAUUCACUGUCCUUGGACAAGCCUACGAAUCCUUACAUAUAAAGAUGAAGCAACUCGGGCUGCUCUCCAAAACAAUACAAAAAAGUUCCUUCUUAAUACAAGUUUGUUCUUCAAUGUUAAGAAAUUCGGGGAAUAAAACAGAUGGAAACGUGUAUCAUUACUUGGAAAAAGAAAUUGAGCGUUACAUAUGUUUGGAGAAGAGCAACAUCGACUCCAGUAGACACUCUACAAAGGUGAUCAGAAAGUUCUGUUAGUGGUUGUUGCAAAUCACUUUUUUAACUGUUCCUUUCUUUAUGAAGCCCCUCGUACUUUGAAUAAAAAAGGCCAAAUGAUC